GACUUCCGGGUUGGUGUGUGAGGGCAGCGGCAGCGGCAGCGACGGCGGCGAGGAGCGCGGCGGUGGGGUGGCAGUGAAGGUCGGCAGCAGGCGGGGAGCGCGGCGGUGGGGAUGGACGUGACCGGGCCCGAGACCGACUGGCGCAGCACCAACUUCCGACAGAAGCUCGUCAGCCAGAUUGAUGAAGCAAUGAGGAAGGCUGGUGUUGCCCAUAAUAAGUCCAGCAAAGAUAUGGAGAGCCAUGUGUUUAUGAAGGCCAAAACAAGGGAGGAAUAUCUUUCUCUUGUGGCCAGACUUAUUAUCCAUUUUCGAGAUAUCCACAAUAAGAAAUCUCAAGCCUCAGUCAGUGAUCCGAUGAAUGCCCUGCAGAAUCUAACUGGGGGUCCCCCAGCAGGGGCGCCUGGAAUGACUAUUGCUUCCCGAGCUCAAGGAGCACCGAUGAGUGGGAUGGGUGGCCUUGGCCCAAUGGGGCAACAAAUGAGUCUCCCAGGACAGCAACAGCCUCCUGGAAGCACGGGAAUGGCCCCUCAUGGUAUGCCUGGUGUCUCAACAGCUACUCAGCAGACUCAACUUCAGCUUCAGCAGAUAGCUCAGCAGCAACAGCAGCAGCAGCAGCAAUUCCAGCAGCAACAGGUGGCUUUGCAGCAGCAGCAGUUCCAGGCCCAGCAGUCAGCCAUGCAACAACAGUUUCAGGUGCAGCAGCAGCAGGCAGCAGCAGCUGCAGCAGCCCAACAGCAGCAGCAGCAACAGCAGCAGUUGCAAGCCGUCCAGCAGCAGCAACACAUGUUGAAACUGCAGAUGCAGCAGCAGCAAAACCAACAGCAGAUGCAGCAGCAACAGCAGCAGCAGCAACUACAGCGAAUUGCCCAAAUGCAACAGCUGCAAGCAGCACAGGCUAUGCAGGUACAACAGCAGCAACAACAACAGCAGCAACAGCAGCAACAAAUACCACAGCAACAGCUACAACAGCAGCCACCUCAGCAAGUAAUGCAACAGCAGAUGCAACAGAUGCAGCAGCAACAACAGCAACAACAGGUUGCUCAGGCACAGCAGUCUCAGCUUCCACCACAAUCCCAGCCUCAACCCCAGCCCAUGGUAUCUCAGGCACAGGCAAUCUCGGGGCAAAUUCCUGGUCAGGUUAUGCCUGUUACUCUCACGCCACAGCAGUUAAAAGCAAUGCAGGUAAGAGCUCAGCUGGUCCAGCAGCAGCAUGCAGCAGCAGCAGCAGUGCAGGCAGCUCAGGCUCAAGCUGCUCAGAUGGGAGCAUCAGCACAGAUGAUCACCGCACCUAUGGCCCGAGGUGGGAUGCAAAUAAGACCACGGUUCCCGCCUACCACCGCAGUGUCUGCUACACCGCCAAGCUCCAUUCCUAUGGGCGGACAGCAAAUGCCACAGGUUAGCCAGAACAGCAUUACCAUGAUGUCAUCCCCAUCUCCUGUCCAGCAAGCCCAGACACCCCAAUCAAUGCCUCCACCACCACAGCCACAGCCAUCUCCUCAACCAGGCCAACCAAAUUCUCAGCCAAACUCAAAUGUCAGUUCUGGCCCAGCUCCAUCACCCAGCAGCUUUCUCCCCAGUCCAUCUCCACAACCAUCCCAGAGCCCAGCAGCUGCACGAACACCUCAGAACUUUAGUGUCCCAUCCCCAGGUCCUUUAAACACUCCAGGAAACCCAAACUCUGUCAUGAGUCCAGCUAGUUCUAGCCAGUCAGAGGAGCAACAAUAUCUGGAGAAACUCAAACAGCUAUCAAAAUACAUUGAGCCACUCCGGAGGAUGAUCAAUAAAAUCGAUAAAAAUGAAGAUAGAAAGAAGGACCUGAGUAAAAUGAAGAGUCUCUUGGAUAUCCUGACUGACCCUUCAAAACGAUGCCCUCUGAAGACGCUGCAGAAAUGUGAAAUUGCACUGGAGAAGCUAAAGAACGAUAUGGCUGUGCCUACUCCACCACCUCCCCCAGUGCCUCCCACCAAACAGCAGUACUUGUGUCAGCCACUUUUGGAUGCUGUCUUGGCCAACAUCCGCUCACCAGUCUUCAACCAUUCCCUUUACCGCACCUUUAUGCCAGCUAUGACUGCCAUUCACGGGCCACCAAUCACGGCCCCAGUUAUCUCUUCUCGAAAACGAAAAUAUGAAGAGGAUGACAGACAGACUAUACCAAAUGUGUUACAAGGGGAAGUUGCAAGAUUAAAUCCUAAGUUCCUGGUGAACCUGGACCCCUCCCAUUGCAGUAAUAAUGGCACAGUUCAUCUCAUAUGCAAACUAGAUGACAAGAAUCUUCCAAAUGUCCCACCACUACAGCUCAGCGUUCCAGCAGACUAUCCAGAUCAGAGCCCUUUGUGGAUAAAAAACCCUAGACAGUAUGCAGCCAAUCCCUUCUUGCAGUCAGUGUAUCAAUACAUGACUUCAAAACUAUUGCAACUUCCAGACAAGCAUUCAGUCACAGCACUCUUAAACACCUGGGCACAAAGUAUUCGUCAAGCCUGCCUCUCUGCUGCGUAACAUGUCACUUUCUAAAUCAUGAAGCAAGAAAUCAAGUCUCAACAGCUGGCCUUUUCCACGUACCAUUGCUAAAGUCAUGGGCAUUUUGGGGAGGUUACUUCAGAAGAAAGAAGCCUUACAUUUUUUUGUUUCUAGGUGUCAGGUUCAGUAGGGGACCUGGUGUUAGUUCUAGACUUCAUGCUUUUUAUCUUCUGCCUCUGUGGACUUUUGUCAGCAUUUUCAAAUAUGCAGAAUGUGUAUAUAUGGUUCUCGAGACUGUAUUAGGAGUUUUUAUCGUCUUCUUAGAGAAGAAAUUAUUUGUGGACUUCCAUCAGGGAGUCUCAUUGGUAAAAGAGGAAGCAGGGGGAGAAUGCCCUAAUUUACUUCAAAGUUUGCUGAGUGCCAGUAUUCCUUUCACACUGUAUGUUUUGUGACCUGAUACUCCCCCAGAAAUAAAGAAGCUGCAAGUAGAAUGUGCUUGCAAACUUCUGUGUUUGCAGGAAUCUUUUGUCUAUUAGCUUUGCCCUGCCCAGGGCUGGGAUAAAUUAUGGACUUUUAGGGUAUUCCUCAAAUAUGUGGGAUAAAUCAGGGUAAUUAUAUUGGUGGGGGGAAAGACUAAACAGAAGGAAAAAAAUAUUUUAUAGCUUAUUUUAAAUGUUACUUUGUAUAAAUGGGUUUUGGUUAGCAUGGACCACAGUUUUCUUGCUCCAGUUAGAAAGAGGAGAUAUUAAUGUGCACACUGACUUCCCAUAUAAGUAAAUGUGUGUGUAAAGGUGGCGGUGAAACAACAGUUUAAAGCUGUAGUACCACAGAUCAAUCCAGCAGGCUUGUAGCCAUAUCUUCUUUACUAAUGGAAUAGAAUCAGUCUGAGGCAUCUGAUUUGCUUGGAGGAGUUGAUGCAGUUUAGUGGCUACAUGGUGAGUUUUGUUUUCUUUUGCUUCCUUUUUAAGGGAAAAGGACAAAAAAAGUGAAAACCAACAAAAAUCCACACCACAUAGCUCAGUAGCAGAUCUGACAACUAUUAUUUUGUGCCUUGAGCAAUAAAGGGCACACAAGUUGGUUGUCAGCUGCUGCACUUCCAAUGAAAACACUUGCCAUGAAUAAUUAAAUUUGUUUUUCCCCAUUCUCCUAGUUUGUUUGCUCUUAUUUUCUUAGUGUAGAAACAAAUUCAGGUUUCAGAUGUUCCAGUUGUAUCCUAUUCUAUCUCCCUAUAUUGUGCAGCAAACCUUAAAGAGCAGCUGCACUCUCUUCCAGUAGUGCCAAGAAAUUGCAUUGACCUUUGUAAAUGUGUGAUGUCGUUGGCUUUAGUAUCUUUUUCAGUGUGGUUACAUAGUAACCACUCUAUCAGUAUUUUGUACAUGAAUUAAUGCAUUAUCUGUUUGUUUCUAUUGUAAUAAAUUUAUUAUUAUUCCUGUGUUGGAUGCUAACAUUAUACUACUCUUCCCAUGUUGAUCCUCAGAUACCAGUUCUGUUGCAUCCCUUGGAUGAUGGUUACUUUGUUCUAGGGUAAGUGAAAACUCACACACUUUGAGGGUUAGGAGAAAUUGAAAUGGCUUUUCAUUUCAAGCAGCCCCAUCUUUAUGCUCCUCAUAGUAAAUUAACUGAAAGACCUGGGCAAGAGAUUAGUGAUUACAUCUGCAAGAAAAGAUACAGCUUUUUAACCAGAACUGUUACAUGGCUGCUUCUUAGGGCAAAAGAGCCAGUGGCAUCGAUACAGUUCUGCUGGAGAGAUGUUUUCAUCAUAAAAACUUCGGAUGCUUAUUGAAAUACAUCAUUGCCAUAAUCCAAGAAAUGAAGAUGGAGCUGUUUUUUUUUUCCUUCUGUACUUUUUUUUCUUUAAGCAUUGCUGGGGUCUAAAGUUGCAACACUAACGACAUUUCUGAAUUUAUUUAUAAUCUGUCUGGAGAUAGAUGCAAAGCACGCUAUAAAUGUCCUUCAGGUUUCCAGUACUUCCCUUGUGCAGUUGUGGCAUUCCUUCAAACAAGAUGUAAUGAGGUGUUACACUAAGAGGUUAGUGUGGCGUAGGCAUUCUUGCAUACUGCAGCAUCUCAAUUAAGAAAUAAAUACUGAAAACAGAAUGAAUCCUGUGCCUGCAGCAUGUCACAUUAAUAGCUGAAUAUCAACAUAACUUCCGUUUGUUUUGAUGGGCAAGUGACCAUAAACAGUUUAAAAUAUAAUCUUGUUAAAUAUAAAAGCACUAUUCCCAAAUUCUUGGAAAGAUGCACCGAAUUGGCAAUAAAUUAAUGUUAAUGUUUGGGAACUUUAUCAAAUAUCAGGGGCACUGGGAAUACAGAAAACACGUCAUGAAAAAUUGAGGGAUUCCCAUCUCUUAGAAAUACAGACAUGUUGUGAAAUGAAAAAUAUGGAAGUCUGAUCCUCUCAUUUCUUGAACAAAUAGCAUACAAAAACUGUCAACAAUGCUUUUAAUAGAAAUGAGAUGAUAAGAGGAGCUGAGGAAUUUAUCAUAAAAAUACAGCAUUACAUGUUCAAAGCAGUGAUAAGCAAGAUGAAUAGUAAGCUUUGACGUUUAAGUACAGUUUUGAAAGUGGUUUGUGUUUUGUUUUUCAUUUCAGUGGUGGCAAACCUGACAUUUUGUAAUGGGCACUGAAGUGGCAAUCAAACUGAUUGCUAAAUAAACAUUACUGUGAUUGCCUGAAACCAUUUCCUUUUAGCUCAGUACCUUUCUUAAAUUUAGAGUUUUUUGUCCUACUGAUGAGCUCCAUUGAUUAUUUGAUGGAAUGUCUUACCUGGCUUUUGGUUGGCACUGAAGUGGUUGGGCAUAAACAGAGAGAGCUUUUGAAAUGAGUGUAGUCUCUGCAUGGAUUCAGCUGAGGGAGCGACAGGGCAUUAUUCUUAUUUUUAAAUUAUUAUUCUGAAAUGUCUUCCCCUUAAUUCUCUCUGAGCCAGGUGAUGUCACAAGGUUAUUCUUCAAGCAGUCCCACUUCUAAAGGAAGAAUAUUGGAGGACAGAGGCGAGUUCAAAUCAUGCAAGGAAAAAAAAACUAUUAUUUUUAAUAGGAUUUUUCAAACUACAGUGAACUUUGUGGUAAACAACUAAUUCUAUUAUGUAGAUGCUAUUUCUGUUCUUCAGGUACUCAUCGUUUUCUAGGAGCAUUCCUGAUAGGCAGUUUUGGCAAGCAUGUAACUAUGUAUUACUGAAUAAAAAUGUUUGUACAUGUA